AUGGACUGGCCCACGGCUCGCACGGAUCUGGUCGCCGAGGAAAACCAAUGGACGUGUGAUUUUGAUCGAGUAAGGCGCAAGCUUGCUGCUGAUGCACGAAGGCUGUUCUCUGCAGAAGCGGAUGAGGUGGAUGUCUGGAGAGUCGUGUUUGAUGCACAGGUACACCGGAAGAGGAUCGCUCUCAGUCCCAAAAUCGGCCUGGGCUCGCUUGAACAACUCUGGGAGGUUGGUUCUGCGUACCCAAGGAGCUGGUUUAGUCCGAACCACUGAU